GCACGCGGCGAUUCACCCGAGAUUGCCGUCUGUCGUAGUCUGGUGGCAUGCAAGUCAGACGGCGAUCUCGUCGAAGUAGCACUGAAAGGGUUUGAGCGGAAACUUAUUAAGACAAUUACAAAAUGAUUGUUAAUCAUGUUUAAAAUGUUUAGAAUAAUCGAAAAUCAACCGUGAGAAUGUUCUACGCGCGAUAUUGCAGGGAGGUGCGAGCGAACGCACCUUUCAGCGCGACAAGAGACGGAGGGAAAUUGCAGUUCAGGGUUCGAAAUGCAAAGCAUUUUUGAAGAACAUACUCUUCAAUAUGUGGUCGUCGAAAAUAUCAAGCUGUGUGGGGAUUCUCUGUCACCUGUUAGCAGUUUGCCUACUUUGUGGACAGUCUUGCGCACAGGUGUACAACCUCACUCUCUCCAUUGAAGAGGGGCUACCGGCCAGAACAAUUGUUGGUGACAUUAGAGCUGGACUGCCUCAGAACACCCAAACCAGUGGAUUUUUCAUAUCGGAAAGCAGAGAUUCCUACGUGUUUAGGGACCUAGAAAUAGACACGGACACGGGAAUAAUUUCAACAGCUGUGGUCCUCGAUAGAGAGAAAGGAGACAGGUAUGAAUUUGUUGCUGCUACUCUGACGGGGGAGGUCAUAAAAGUAACCAUAGUGGUCAAGGAUGUUAAUGAUCACGCUCCAGUGUUUCCCUCUCCUUCUGUGCUUUUGAAUGUGUCCGAAUUAAGCCCACCUGGCACUCGGUUUGAACUUGAGGGGGCACGAGACCAGGAUGAGGGUGACCUGGGAACUCAGGGGUACCGGAUCACGGACAGUAUGAUGCAAGAGUUCUUCAAGGUGGAGGUGCGCAGUGGAGUAGGCAGUGUUGACCUCAUCCUCUUGGACAAAUUAGACAGAGAAUCGAGAGACUUUUACAACCUCACCAUAGAGGCUUUUGAUGGGGGAAUUCCACAGAAAACAGGAAGAUUGCAUGUGCAUAUUAACGUGAUGGAUGAAAAUGAUAACCCACCUGUGUUCAACCAGACAGAAUACAGAGUGCUUGUGUGGGAAAAUGCCCAAGUCUUUACCCCUGUAUGUCAGGUGUAUGCCACUGACCUUGAUUUGGGUGUGAAUGGCCUGGUCACUUAUGAGAUUAACAGACGUCAGAGCGACCCCAAUGAAUAUUUCAUCAUUGACGAGAACACAGGAGUCAUCAGUGUGAACAGACCUUUAGAUCAUGAGAUGCAAACUUUCUAUGAGCUGAUCGUUAGGGCCUGGGAUGGUGGGAUUCAACCAGAGUCCAGCAGUACUUUUGUGGGCAUUAGGGUCCUGGACAUCAACGACAACAGCCCCACCAUCAAUGUACUCUUUCUUAGUGCAUCCGGCGACCCAGAGGUGUCAGAAGGGGCGAGCCUGGGGGAGUAUGUUGCCCGGAUAUCCGUCACUGACCCUGACUUGGGGGAAGGCAACAUGGUGUAUGUUGAUCUUCAGGGAGGAGAUGGCAAGUUCAUCCUGAAGCAAACUGAUGACUUCCUGUAUUCCCUGUGUGUGGCCAGGCAGCUGGAUAGGGAGGAGGUUGACUUUUAUGAGCUGAAGGUCAUAGCUGCCGACUUCGGCGUGCCUCCUCUCCAGACUGAGAAGACGGUUUUGGUCAGAGUGUCCGACGUGAACGAUAAUGCUCCUGUGUUUGAGCUGGGGCAUUAUGAGGCUCAUAUUGUAGAGGAUGCUAAGCCUGGUAGCGCCCUCAUACAGGUAAGGGCCCAUGAUGCAGAUGAAGGACUGAACUCCGACCUUCUCUACAGCAUCCUUGAGUCCAAGUGGGAUAGCCUCAUCAGCAUUGACCCACAGUCAGGUCUCAUCACUACUGCCACAAGCCUGGACCGCGAGCGAGAGGCAGAGCUGCAUUUCCUGGUUGUGGCAGCGGACGGAGGGUUUCCACCUAUGUCAUCGACAACAACAGUCACCAUCUACAUUGAAGACAUCAAUGACAACAAGCCUGUCUUUGACCAGCAGCUAUAUAAUGUGUCCAUUCCAGAACACAUUGCUGUUGGGAGCUGCUUCUUACAGGUUACUGCAGUGGAUGCAGAUGGCAGUGAGUUUGGGGUUGUACGAUACUCCCUCUCUGACGGCUUUGACAGGGAGGACCAGCGGCCUCUGUUCCACAUCAACCCUAUGACGGGGGAAAUCUGCGUUGAUCAGGAUAUAGACCGUGAUGCAGGGCUCGUCACCUACGACCUCCAGGUCAAAGCUGAAGAUCAGGGUGGUCUCAGUGCGCAGGCAUAUGUCCAUAUUGAGGUGGAGGACCUGAAUGAUAACGCACCCGUGUUUAACCCUGAGAGAUACGUCACAAGCAUCAGCGGACAUACACAGCCUGGCACAGAGAUCCUGAAUGUCAUUGCCACUGACCAGGACUACGGGCGCUAUGGGCAAAUCACAUACGAGCUUCAGGCUGGAGACUCCUCCUCUCUCUUCUCUGUGGACAGGACAUCAGGUGCUGUGUACCUGACCUCCGCUCUGAGCCACCUGGGCAGUGCCAGUGUGAAGUUCUCCAUCUCUGCGCAGGAUGGUGAGGGCCGGACGUCCGCUCGGCCUGCCAACGUUACUGUCCACAUCCUCCACAGUGAACAGGCUCCUGCCAUGUUCCAGCGGUCCCACUACGUCUUCUCCGUGGCCGAGGACGUGCCCAUGGGCACCAUCGUGGGCAUGGUGGAAGCCCUUAACCCUGCUAAUUCUGUGGAGUCCCUGUCGUACAGGAUAUCCUCUGGCGACCCCCAGGGGCUGUUCUCUGUGGACGCUCAGACAGGCGUCAUCACCACCAGGCAUCCGCUGGACCACGAGACUCUCCCCUACGCCCUCCUCAUCAUCCAGUCCCACAGCGGAACCUCGCCCAUGUACAGCAGCACCCAGGUCAAUAUCAGCAUCACCGAUAUCAACGACAGCCCCCCCACAUUCCCACGGCCCUCCGACACCAUCACGGUUUCUCAGAACACUCUGCCCGGCACACUGCUCUUCAUCGCACAUGCUCACGACGGUGACAGCGGCUCGAACGGAAGGAUCCGGUACUCCCUGCUCUCAGGGGAGAAGUUUUUCUCCGUAGACCCUGUCCUGGGCACGCUGUGGCUCAACGGCAGCCUCUCGCAUGAGAAGCAGGCCUCGCACACAGUGGAGAUCUUGGCAGAGGAUGAAGGGUCGCCGGGAUUGUCCUCCCGCUUGACUUUGACCGUGGAGGUUGAUCAGUCCUCUGCUGCUGAAGACGCCUUAGCCUUUGAGACGCUGGUGUACCAGGUGGAGAUCAGGGAGAACGCCCAGAGGGACACGCGGGUCAUCCAGGUGCGAGCCCACCUGAGUCCCCAGGGGCGCGCUGCCUCGACCCCUGCUGGCCCCGGCCUGACCUACACUCUGGAGUCCCUCUCCGACACCCCUCCCUUCCUCAUUCACCCAGAGAGCGGCUGGAUGUUCCUCUCCGACUGCCUGGACUAUGAGGUCACGCCCGUAUACCGCUUCCGCGUUCGGGCCUCGGCGAGCGACGCGGAGACGGAGGUCAGCGCCGUGGCUACAGUGGUCGUCUUGGUGCUGGACGAGAAUGACAACGCUCCAGUUUUUAGCCGGACGGACUACUUUUUCACCAUGCAGGAGGGGCCCGCUCCUCUGGGUCUGAUCGGAACGGUCAAGGCAACGGACAGAGACUCAGGAAAAAACGCCCAGCUAUCCUACAUCCUGCUGUCAGAUGGGAAACACUUCCGCAUCAACUCCAAAACAGGUGAGAUCAUAAACUGGGUGGCUUUGGACCGGGAGCAGCAGACCCAGCAUACUCUGAAGGUGAUGGUGACGGAUCAGGGACACCCACGCCUCAACGCCACAGCCACCGUCCACAUCCUGGUGACAGACAUCAAUGACAACCCUCCUCAGUUCACACACCUCCCUACUGGCAAAGAGCUCAAUCUGCAGGUGUGGGCUGGUUUACCAGUGGGUUCAGUGAUCACCAGCAUGUUUGCUAAGGACCUGGAUGCAGGGGAAAAUGGAACUGUCAAGUUCUCUCUGGAAACAGACGUGGACCACUUUGAGAUUGACCAGCGCAGCGGAGACAUUAGGACGCGCAGUCCAUUCUCCCAGAGUCCGCAGACACACUACACAAUGACUGUAAUUGCCAGGGACUGCGGCCCCAGCCCCCUAGAGGAGAGAGCAGUAAUUCACCUGCAGAUUCUCAACAUUGGGAGAGUGAAUGCCCGUUCUGAGUCAAGUAUCAAGCACUUCUCAGUGCCAGAGAAUGCCAAGCUGGGCACCGUCGUUGGCUCUCUGGGGCUGCCCAGGGCUCCCGCUGGGCAGGUGCGCUACUCCAUCGCCGAGGGCGACGGCAGUCUGCACUUUGGCGUGGACGCGUCGUCAGGAGACCUGUACGUGGCUCAGCCUCUGGACUACGAGGCGACGCAGCGCUACAGCCUCUCUGUGCGGGCCGAGGCACUGCCCGCCGUCAACGCGUCCAUGCUGGUGGCGGUGAUGGUGAGGGACGUGAACGACCACGCUCCCUGGUUCCCGGGCGCCAACGCCGUCCUGUCGCUCGGAGUCUAUGAGGACGUGGCCGUGGGGACGGCGGUGUACGCCUUUAACGCGCGGGACGCCGACGGGAGCCUGCGCUACAGUGCCCUGCGCUACUCCCUCACUUUUGACCCCUCGUCUGGUGAAGGGGAGCUGCCGUUUCAGGUCCAUCCCUCCACCGGAGUCCUUAUGACCACCGCUCCGCUGGACCGCGAACGCUCUCCCAUGUACAUCGUCACGGUGACCGCCAGCGACCAGCCAGAGAAGGCAGCCAAUCAGAAGCAAGUGUCCAUCACUGCUCAGGUGUUCCUCCUGGACGUGAAUGACAACAGUCCCGUCUUUGUGUCUGCGGACACCAUCCGUGUGCUGGAGGACACGCAAGUUGGGAGUUUGGUGCAUCAUGUUAUUGCCAGGGACACAGACGAGGGCAGAAACGGGCAGGUGACCUACAGCUUGCUGUCUGGAAAUGAAGAGGGUCUGUUUGCUCUGGAGAAUACAGGCCUCCUUCAUCUGACUUCCCCUCUGGACUAUGAGAGCAGGUCUGCGCACACCCUGACCAUCUUGGCCUCAGAUGGCGGCCACCCGUCGCUCUCCUCCACCCAAGCCCUCACUGUGUCUGUGGGGGACGUCAACGACCAGGCCCCCCAGUUCCAGCAGAGCGUCUACAAUGCCAGUGUGUCCGAGAACCGAGAGCCUGGAGAACACGUUAUCACUGUGACUGCCUCUGAUGGAGACUCAGCUGAGAAUGCUGCGAUUUACUACAGUCUGCUGCCUGGCCCUGGCUACAACCUUUUCAGCAUAAACUCUCACACAGGCGAGGUCCGCACUGCUGCACAUCUCGACCGUGAGCUCCAUCAGGCUUUCACCCUGAGAGUCCAUGGUCGGGACAGUGGGCUUCCCUCUCUGUCAGGCACGACCACCAUCCUGUGUUCCGUUCUGGACGAGAACGAUAACGCGCCGGAGUUCAUGCAGCCCACAGUGCACAUCAGCAUUCCGGAGAACCUUCCCCCCGGAGUGGUCCACACGGCCCAGGCAUCGGACCCCGACAGUGGCCCCAACAGCACCAUCACAUACUCACUGGAAGAUGAUGAAGCUGGUAGUUUUGCGAUCAAUCCCACUACGGGGGCGGUGAGUGUGACUCAGCCUCUCGACCGGGAGGAGCGUGACAACUACACCCUGCUCAUCACCGCCACAGACCAGGGUCCGACACCGCGGAGCUCCACCUCCCAGCUCCACGUUACCCUGCUGGACGAGAAUGACCACAGCCCGGCCUUCACCCGCAAGAGCUACCGCGCCACCGUCAGCGAGGCUCUUCCCGUGGGCUCCGAGGUCCUCCGCCUGAGUGCGCGGGACCCCGACCUGGGCCCCAGCGGUGAGGUCACCUUCUCGCUGGCCGAGGACUCCCUGGGGGCCUUCUCCGUGGAGCCGUCCACUGGGGUGGUGCGCACCAGCCGGCCACUGGACCGCGAGACGCGCUCGCAGUACAGCUUCCGCGCCGUGGCCACCGACGGCUGCACUCAGGGGCCUCGCAGCUCGGUCGCCAUGGUGACGGUGCAGGUGGAGGACGUCAACGACAACGCGCCCGCGUGCCUGAGCGAGCCUGUCCGCGGAUCGGUCACGCUGGGGAUGGCCAAGGGAAAGACUGUGGCCGUGGUGGUGGCCGAGGAUCCCGACCAGGGCACUAACGGCACAGUGGUGUUCAGUCUGACAGACGGAGGCGAAGUGGACGACGAUGGCGGCGGCGGAGGAGGAGGAGUGUUUGAGAUUGGGCGGACCUCUGGGGAGGUGCGGCUGAUGCGCCCGCUCCCCGACGGCGCCUCCGGGACGAGGGUGCUGCACGUGCAGGCUGCAGAUCAGGGCCAGCCACCGCUCACAUCCACCUGCCUGGUGCUGCUGCAGCUGAACGGGGAGGACGAAGGGCUGCGCUUCACCGAGCAACUCUACGAGGUGGCCAUUCCGGAGAACAGCAUGACUGGUUCCUGGGUGGCAAAUGUGGUGGCCCAUGACCAGACAACAGAUGGAGGAGCCAUAAUCUACAGCAUCUUCAAUGGCAAUGAGAAUGAGGCCUUCACCAUAAAUCCUCUCACAGGUGAUAUAACAGUGAAGGAGCAGAGUUGCCUUGAUUAUGAGAGCAAUAAGAGAGCUCAUCUAGUGGUGCUGGCAGAAAACAGCCAGCAGACCACCUAUGCACGGGUGACUGUCAAUCUCCAGGAUGUGAACGACAACAUGCCUACAUUUAAACAGGCAUAUUACAGAACGGCAGUCUGGGAAGGACAAAUACAUAACACAUAUGUCAUGCAGGCAUUUGCCACUGAUGCUGAUAGCGGUGUGAAUGGGCAGCUUGACUAUUCCAUCGUGUCCGGAAACCACAACGAUGCGUUCAUCAUUGACUCAAUGAGAGGAAUUCUGGCCACUAACACAGUCCUGGACCGAGAAAUCGUCUCAUCUUACAAGUUGGUGUUGCAGGCAGUGGACCGGGGCAGCCCCCCUCUCACGGGCACCAGCACCGUCAGGGUUCAGGUGGUGGACGUGAACGACAACAGCCCUGCCAUCCCACCCAUGGAGCCAGUGGUGAUCGCUGAGAAUGUGCCCCCAGGCUCGGUUGUAACCCAGGUUACUGCCAAUGAUGUUGACCUGAGUUCCACUGUGACUUACCGCUUUUUGGGAGACAUUGCAACCAAUGGGAGCUUUGCCAUUGACCGCUACACUGGGGUCAUAAGUGUAACUCGCAGUCUGGACCAUGAGGAGGUCACCGAGUACGUCCUGAGGGUACAGGCCUCAGACUCUGUCCACCAGACGGAGGCAGACGUGCAUGUUCACGUGCUAGACGUCAAUGACAACACUCCCACUUUUUCCCAGGAAUCCUAUCAGGUGACAUUGCCAGAGCUGACAUCCUCUGACACAUUUGUCCUGGCGGUGUCUGCCACAGACAGAGACUCUGGUCUCAACGGAAAGAUUUCUUACAGACUUCUCUCUUCACCUCUGAAAGGCUUCUACAUAGACGCACAAACUGGCUCUGUGUUCACAAACAAACCUUUGAAGUACGUUUCUGAUGGCAACAUGAUCCAGCUCCUAGUUGAGGCUCGGGACAGUGGAGACCCCUCCCUCUCUAGUGUGACCUCUGUGGAUAUACAGGUGAUGGACGCCAAUGACCACGCCCCUUACUUCCUGCAAAACACCUAUCAGGUGACCUCACCUGAGGAUACGCCCUUGGGCAGCACCCUCUUGACCCUUACAGCAGAAGAUGAGGACUAUUCGGGAGAGAACACCUUCCUUGAGUAUGCCAUCACUGGAGGUAACGAAGAGAGGCACUUUUGCCUGGAGGUCAUCACAGUUCAUUUGGAAGAUCAGCCGAGGACUGUGGCUCAGUUGGUCCUUUGUGACUCACUGGACCGCGAGACCACAGAGGCUUACUCCCUGACCGUGACCGUGUCUGACAGAGGGGUGCCCUCACUCAAUAGCUCGGCCACCGUGUCUGUGACCGUCCUCGAUGUAAACGACCACGCACCUGCUUUUGGAAGCUCCGAGUACCACGCCCAGGUCCGUGAGAACAGUCCACCUGGCACUUUUCUUGUUCAGGUGGCAGCUCUUGAUCCUGAUCAGGGGCUUAAUGGGAUGGUCAAGUAUGACAUUGUCUCUGGAAAUAGUAAAGGCCAUUUGAGGCUGGAUUCCUUGACUGGGGUGCUAGAGGUCAACCAUACAUUGGACUAUGAGGAAGAGUCCAAGUACACCUUGACCAUACAAGCAUCGGAUGGAGAAGUACAAGGCAACAGAAGAGUUUCUUUUGCAGUCAUUUUUAUUUCUGUGCAGGAUGAGAAUGACAAUUCCCCAUACUUCACCCAUCCCACUGUGAACUGCUCUGUGCUAGAGAACCAGCCUGCGUUCACCCCAGUGUGCAUGGUCCAUGCCAUCGAUCAGGACGCUGGCCCAUUUGGGAGGGUCAUCUACUCUAUCUUGACCUCCUGCUUCAUGGAUUAUGGCAGUGGGAACCCUGACAGGAAGGAGGCCUUCGCCAUCGACCCUCUGACGGGGGACAUUCACACCAGACAGACCUUUGAUUAUGAGCGUGAGAAUGAGUACUGUUUUGUGGUGGAGGCCAGAGAUAAGGGUGAUCAGGUGGCAACUGUCAGGGUGCAAGUGGACGUUGAAGGUGUGGACGAGUUCAGUCCAGUGUUUACCCAGAAGCUGUAUCGCUUCCUUUUGCCCGAGAACUCUCGACUGGGUCACACACUGGGCCAGGUCAUGGCCAUGGACCAUGACGGAGGCUUAGAUGGAGCGGUCGAGUACUCCCUGGCGGAGCCAUCUCCAUUCUUCGGUGUGAAUAAAACAACAGGCGCCGUCUACAUCUCCGGUCCAGUGUACAGGAGGAGAGGGAGCUCUGACACCGACGGCAUGGUGGAGCUCCGGGUGCUGGCCGGCAGUCCAAAGUUUGACUCCAGGUCAAGCUCCUGUAUGGUCAUUGUAAAUAUCUCCAACUCAGCAGAGGCUCUCACAGGGAUGUCUUUGAGUGUGCAGACAGUCAGUCUUAGCGCAGCUUUGACCAUCUUCCUCUUGCUGCUGGUCAGCUUUGUGGCCCUUGUUCUGCGGUACAAGACCAAGGAGGCCGCGCUCAAGAAAGCCGCCUCUAUUGCCGCCAACUUGAACCAUGGAACUGGCACGUUUGGACGGAAGGGUGGCUCUCAUCAAAACGGCAUCAACCUACAUGAAAUGCGAGGACAAAUGCGCGCCAAGCUGGACAUCUCUCGCCCCUUGCAGAUGUCGGACAGGAGUCUACGGGGCUCAGCAGAGGGUGAGACCUCAGAGGACCAGGAGAUCAAAAUGAUAAACGAGUACACCUGCUUCAAGAGAUCUGGCUCAGCCCUCAGCGACCAAGAAUCCCAGGUACUAGACUCAGGACUUGCCAGGGACUCAGACCAGCUGUCCUGCCACUCUGAGGAACGGGAGCCCCCGGUCACCUCAUCGUUUGCAGUGGGCCUGGGGGCAGGCAUGGCCAGUGCUGAGAGCCUUCAUAACUUCAAGGAGGAGGGAGGCGGUGAGGGGAUGCUGCCGCGUGUGCUGAAUGUCAGAGAUGUGGAGGACACGAUGAGAGGCUACGUCCCUCUGUCAGACACUCAGGCGUCGGUAGGGGGGUCACUGGCCUCGCUGAUCUGCCCAGAGGAACAGCUCAGGGGGAGCUACAGCUGGGACUACCUGCUCAACUGGGAGCCCCGCUUCCAGCCGCUGGCGUCCGUGUUCACCGACAUCGGCUCGCUGCCCGACGAGGAGGCCGCUGGACACAGCUCAGCAUCGGAACUGGCCAGUCUGAUGCGCCCCCCGCCGCUCAUCACUGCAGUGGCACAGCCGGGCAUACGGGCUGUUCCUCCGCGGAUGCCCCCUAAAAUGCCAACCCUGGUUAGGCGACCGUCUUACCCCAAAUAUGCCUACUCUCCACUGGGUCGUAACACAGGACUGACUCCCUCAGCGAUGACGCCCAGUUUCUCACCCUCUCUGUCCCUGCUCACCAUGAGGACUCCCAACGCUUCCCCAGUGGUCUCUGAGACGGGGCUGGGGGUACGCACCAAAACCACCACCCUUCCUGGGAGUUUCAUCUGUGAUGGGGAAAUACAGGUCUAACCCUCAGGCUACAUGUAACAUAGGGCAGUUUCUCUCUAAAAUGGAAGUGGCUCAUCGGAUUUGUCUUUGUCUGGAUAUUCACUUCAAUUUCAGUGGUGAAGCCAUAUCUUGAAAUAUGAAGUAUGUUUAAUGUUCAUAUUGGACCAGAUGAUGUCCUAAAUUGCAGAGGUCCAAUGAGUCUGUGAAAUCGCUACAGUUUAUUUUAUGUGAAAUUGAAGUUUUAUGUACCAGUGUGCUUUAGCAGGGUAUGCUUUGUGACUGUGAUCAUAGCAGGGCAGUACUGCCAAAUGAUGUCUGUUAUGUCUCUGAUCAGAUCUAUCAAUAAAGAACCCAGCUGAGCAUCAUAUGAGCCCAACAGAAUGAAAAGACUAGUUGUGCAACUAAGCCCAAACAUGAAGGCCAGCUUCCUCUGUCUUUGAAGACUGUUCCAGUGUAGAGAUUUGAUCUACCAAACACUCUCAUUUAUUUGUCUGUCAAUGGGGGCCUAAUCAUUUCAGCACCCUCUUACAUAAUGAGAUCAGAUGGAGAUUUGGCCUGUAUUGUGUUUUGUGGUCGUUAUCUCAAGGGAAAUCACUUUGCAUGAAAUUAAUUUGUGUGAAGAGCCAUCUGUAAACAGUAUAAUUUAUUUCAGUUUUAAGCAUUCUACAGUCUCAUGUCCUUACCACAGUUAAGAAACAUUGAUCUUGUUGUACAGAUACGUUUUCAAAAACAAUAAUGUCCACUGAUGCAGAGGAUAUUAAUAAUAUUUAUGGUACUUCAAAAAAGUAUAAAACUCAUUCAUGAAGAAUCACUAUGCAAGCUAAAAUCAAUAAGGCUUUAUUUGUGUCUACAGAGCAAUGCUUGAAGUUUAGAACCUUGCUGUGGCUAGCUAGCAGCUAGCAAAGACAUCCACAGAAAAAUAUUUUUGUAUCUUUCCCUCCUUGCUUGAUUAACUAUUAAUAAUGAAAAAAUUAAACAUUGUACAUGUGCUCCAGUAUAUUGUAAACAAACAUCUCACUAAAAAAAAGAUGUCCUUUGUUUUUGAAAUCCUGCCUCUCGUUGAGUCAGAUUAAUCAGUUUUGCAAAGCUGUACUGUGAGAUGGAUUCCAGUUUUUAUUUUGUUUUGUUUUUUUUUAAACAGCACUUUAUUGUACAGUGAGUAUUAUUAUACACUGAGUUGAGUGAUUUUAUUUUGUUAAUACUAAUGUCAGUUUGAUAAAUGUUUUGUUACUUUACUAAUCCUUAACUGAUGAUGGGAUGAAUUAUGGUUAAUGUGUUGGACACAUAAUUAUGAUAAUAAAUGGGUGAUCUUA